UGGCUAUAUCACUGACUACGUCAGAGCUAAUUCAAUGGCGAUCAUCCGUGCUCAGCGGUCCGCUGGUCGAAGUUUGAACACUAGUUUGCACGGCAAGACGGAACCUCGUUGUUUGUGGACUUUGGUCUUCAAUUUCAAGUCGCAAACAUGAUUGUGAUGGUGUUUGACACACGCAGCCAUGAACGACCGGUACUUCAUUCCGAUGGUGUCGGUCGUUCUCUGCGCAUUGUACUUCUCAGUCACCGGUGUUCAUGCAUGGUCGAAUUCCGGGCCUUAGACAAUGUUGGGAGCCCGAACAAGCAGGCCUAUAGUUAUCUCUCGCGCUUGUCACACGUUAUAUAUACGGUGAACGUUUGAACCCCCUAUAAUGUCUUUGAUCACCAGAUCAUAUUGUUUGUUAAUGCACGGGCUGAAACCCCCUUGAUGAUCAUUGUCAUCAAACAUGCAUGUCUUGGCGAUCUGUCCAACCAAAUUCAACACGACGUGGGAACCAAACAUGCGAUAACUAUUCGGGUCGGCAUCAAAUUUAGACCCAGCCGUAAUAUGUCCAAGCGAGACCAGGCGAAACUCUUUAAUUGCCCUUUUCACCACGUUCGUUACCCUUCAAAAAAGAAAUCAGACUCUUUUUCAGCCCCCACCACCUACUUACUUGGUUCUGCAAGCAUGCGCACUUCCGUCGCUAUCCUUUUGGCCUCCAUCGCGUCUGCCUUUGCCUACGAGGUUACCUCUCCAGGUGAUAGCGAGGGUUGGACAACUGCUGGACCCAACGUCCUGACUUGGCAGCGCGUUGACACCGACCCAGCGAACUUCACGGCGGUGUUGACCAACGUGAACUAUGGUGUCAUGAAUCCUCAGGUUCUCAACGCACUUGUUGAUGGGACCCUGGGAUCAAUCGUCUGCAACGCUCCAAGUGGAGGCUGGCCUGUGGGCGCUGGCUUCCGUGUCAACCUUGCUGCAGAUGCUCAACAUCUCGACACCCUGCUUGCUCAGUCUAACCAAUUCAAUAUCACCUCUGGCUCGUCAACUUCAACUUCCACGGGUUCUGGCGCAAAAACUACUACUACUUCUCUUUUCUCUGGGACUACCGGAACAAUUCCGAGCACUGCUGUAGCAGCAUCUACCACCAGUUCAGACACCAGCACAACCCCCACUGGUAGUAGCGCCGCCAUCCUUGGAAUGAAAGUGGAGACGGGUUUCCUGACCGCCGUUGCAGCCUGCGUUGCCUUUAUCACCACUCAUUUCUGAACAUUCGCGUAAAAAUAUGUUAUCCUUAGACACUUGGAUAUUUUCUCUUCGUGUAGUGCUUUUUUUUUUUUUGCAAAUUUGCAUCAUGGUUGCUGUGAUAUGGA